UCAGGGACCUUUCUGCAAAUACAGUAGCUGACCAUCGCAGCGUCGCCGUUGCUGCCCUCGGCCUCCUCUUCUCAACCACCGGCGGGCGCCACCCGCCACCGUGCGCAUAAAGAGCUCCGACGAUAUUUUGGUCCUCUUCGGACUUCUCCACCGCCCUGACCGCCGGUCCGCUAUGUGCAUCGCGGCAUGGGCGUGGCAGUGCCACCCGACGCACCGCCUGCUUCUGCUCUUCAAUCGCGACGAGUAUCACUCCAGGCCGACGCAGCCGGCGCAGUGGUGGGCGGCGGGGGAGGACGGCAAGGAGAUCCUCGGAGGUAGGGACGAGCUCGGCGGAGGAACGUGGAUGGGGUGCACGAGGGACGGUAAGCUCGCCUUCCUUACCAACGUGCGCGAACCCAGCUCGCUGAUCGGGGCCAAGACCAGAGGACAGCUCCCGGUCAGGUUUCUACAGGGCAGUCAUGGCCCAUUGGAGUAUGCCACAGAAAUUGCAAAGGAAGCAGAUCAGUACAAUGGAUUUAAUCUUAUAUUGGCUGAUGUGAACUCAGGAACCAUGGUUUACAUCUCUAAUAGACCUGGAGGUGAUCCUGUGAUUCAAACAGUUGCUCCUGGGCUUCAUGUGCUUUCGAAUGCUGCAAUUGAUUCCCCUUGGCCAAAGGCAAUGCGCUUAGGACAGAGUUUCGAAGGAUAUCUGGCAACACAUGAUGAUGCAGAAGCUUCUUUAAAACAUAUGGUAGAAGAGUUGAUGAUGGAUACUGCCAGGCCAGAUAGAUCUAUGGUGCCUGACACCGGAGUCGACCCUGAGUGGGAGUACAAGCUAAGUUCAAUAUUCAUUGACACUACAAAGGAACAGGCACAAUAUGGAACACGAAGCAUGGCGGCGCUAGCAGCGAAAUUGAAAGGUGAGGUAGCAUUCUAUGAAAGGUACUUGGAGAACAGCUUGUGGAAGGAGAAUCUCAUACAGUUCCAGAUGGAUACGGCACAGUAGGAUUUGAGAGAAACUUCGGAACACUGGCAAAGAGCCAAAGACUAAUCGAUUGCUUAUUAUUUUGCUGUCACUUUAUCCUUGAAGUGUAUAUCAAGGCAUAUACAAGAGCAGUGUCUACUGUUUUUUUUAGAAUCGUAUAAUAUAUGGCCACUAUUGAUGACCCUUUUGUGCAGAUGUACAGCAAUGUUUAUCCAAAUACAACAAUAAGAAUUGAUUGCCUAUGCUA